AUGGGACCUGCCGACCCUUACACAGCAACCAGCACAACAACAACUUCAACUACAAACGGUUCCAAUGCACCCAUUCCAGUAGCUGAGAACAGUCAGUCCAACAACGCAUCGGGCGCUCCAGCACCAGCCAAAUGGCUUCAACCAAAGAAUGAGUCAGAGAUGGAAACUGACAAGGUUGGCUUGGUCGCUCACAAUCGCGGUUACAAACAUAUCCUUUUUAUCGUCUAUUCAUUCGUCUGGGCUCCGUCCGAUGCACAAUUUGGUGGCAACAAGUUGCGAGCUCCACGAACACUUGCUCGUCAAGAAGAGUAUAUCCAAGGCAACAAGAAGCGUACUGUAGUCAAGCGCCGAAGGAGGAACUUGGAUGAUGAUAUUUCUGAUGGAGCUGAGGAUGAUCCCUAUCGACAAAUCAACAUUGAAGAUAUCUUGAGUCCUAUCGAGAUCCCAACAGACAUUGUACGACGUCCCGCUUUAAAACGCAUUAUCAAAUCCCCGCAGAUUGAAGGAUUAGCCAGCACAGCUAUGGAAUUCAUUGAAAGUGAAAAGAACUUUAGCAAGAUUUUGUCACGUCUCUCUGCUAUUUUACACCGUGAUGAUCCACAAUACCUUGAUUUGGUCCUUGAACGAACACCAGAACAACGAAAGAGACGCAAAACUUCUCAACAACAACAACCAGCAACAACAGCAUCAGCAUCAUCAUCCGAACAAGACAAGACCAAGGACAAUGAAAGUGAACAACCUUUAUUGCAAGCCAAGGAAGAGGAGAUGGAAACGACGGCUGAGGAUUUUGGUCCAGACACGGAAGCGAUUGAGGUGGUGCGCUCUGUAAGAGAAUUAUUAUUGGAAAACAUCAAUUUCAGCAAUGAAUACCUUUCACGCCUUCAAGGUGCUCGGGAUAAGCUCACCAAGGCUCAUAUGCAAAAAGAAGCAUUGUACAACCAGCUCAAGGCCAAUGCCAAAAAGGAAAGUGAACGAAGAAGUACACGCAUGGUACGACACGCAUGA